AUGUCUCGAACACGCCAACCGAUGUCAAAUGCGCUCCAAACAACUACUGAAUCUUUUCGGGACUCAUCGAUGGCCGGUGUUCCCGCCACCCUCAGAUUGCGAGCGGAGGAAGCACCAACCAACACUCGCGAAGAAACCUCCGCGAGUCGCAGGAUUAGAUGGAGCGAAGAUGUUGUUGACAACGAAGGCAUGGGAAAGAAGAGCUCCAAAGCCCUUAGUAUGCUGCAUCUACCACAAAGCCCGGCCGCGACACUAAUGAUGACCGUGCUAAACGAGCAAAUCACGCUCGCCACUCACACGGGCGAGGACGGAAACCUCAUGGUGAACACAACCACGCACCUGACUCAAACGAGGAUGCGUGUUGCUCAGAUCACGGAGCGGCGAAAUCGAAGCGCCGAAAGCCAAGUCCAAAUGCCUAUGAGAAAAUGCCCAAACCAUCCAAGACCCAUUCGCGGGGUCCUUGAAUACCUAAAUCUGAUAGCUGGGGCGGGUGGCAACGAAACCCCGAGGACCACGCACGACUUGUCCGCAUGCACAUUACCAAAAAUCAUACAUUUUACUUACGCUCCCCAGCUGCAACGGGUCUACGGCAUUUGCACAACCCUGGGACAGAUACCCCUGUCCGGCGACAUGCAGGAGUACAAAUGGCAUGAUCAAGAAGGCAGGGAUGAAGACCUUUUCUGA